GACCCCAAAGCCUAAAACCCACAGUUUUUCCCUACCCAAACCCGAAAACACUCCCCUCUAUAAAACACACUCCAAUCCACAUUAGACACUCAAAAUUCCAUCUUCAAUUUCUCAAGGUUGUUUUUCUUUUAUCAACUGUUCCAAUCCAAACUCAUAGAUUCAAUGGCCGAGGAUGACGUUGUAGCUAAGGAUCGCAAAAUCCUGGUGGCCGUCGAUGAAGGUGAGGAGAGCACGAACGCUCUCUCAUGGUGCCUCAAGAACGUGAUUUCUCACACUUCGAAAGAUACCCUUGUCCUCCUUUACGCUAAACCUCCACGAGCCGUAUACACUUCCCUAGAUGGCACGGGGUAUUUGUUUUCUUCUGAUAUUUUGGCCACCAUGGACAAGUACAGCAACGAUGUGGCGGAUUGUGUCAUCGAGAAGGCCAAAAGGGUGUGCAGAGAGCAAGGUGAUCCUGAGGUUAAAGUAGAGGUGAUAAUAGAGAGCGGUGAUCCAAGGGACGUGAUUUGCCAGGUUGCCGACAAGAUCAAUGCUGAUGUGCUUGUUAUGGGAAGCCAUGGCUAUGGCCUGAUUAAGAGGGCAUUCUUGGGGAGUGUAAGCAAUCACUGUGCACAAAACGUGAAGUGCCCUGUUUUGAUUGUUAAGAAGCCCACAUGUUCGUCUUCUGCAAGUGGAACCAAAUGAUUGAAAUUUCGGAUUACAUAGUCAUACUUUGCUUUGUUUAUGUACAAAUUUCACUUUAGUGGGUAUGUUUCUGUUCUUGGUUUUCUUUUCUCAUAUCUUUGUCUGCUUCAUUACUUUGUUGUAUAAGGUUUUAUGUAUCUCCGAAUGUACUUUUCAUAUUUGAAUUAAAAAGAGUCCUAUUAUACAUUAUUGGGAAUAAA